AUGGAUUUCCUUCACAGGAAUGGAGUACUCAUAAUUCAUCAUUUGCAGAAGGACUACCGAGCUUACUACAAUUUUCUACAUUUUAUGUCCAAUAUUGGAGACCCCCGGAAUAUGUUUUUCAUUUAUUUUCCACUUUGGUUUCCACUUAAUCAGACAGUUGGAAGCAAGAUGAUAUGGGUAGCAGUCAUUGGGGAUUGGUUCAAUCUUAUAUUUAAAUGGAUAUUAUUUGGUCAUCUACCUUACUGGUGGGUCCAGGAAACUCAGAUUUACCCAAAUCACUCAAGUCCAUGCCUUGAACAGUUCCCUACUACAUGCGAAACAGGUCCAGGAAGUCCAUCUGGCCAUGCAAUGGGUUCAUCCUGUGUCUGGUAUGUCAUGGUAACCGCUGCCCUGAGCCACACUAUCUGUGGCAUGGAUAAGUUCUCUAUCACUCUGCACAGACUGACCUGGUCAUUUCUUUGGAGUGUUUUUUGGUUGAUUCAAAUCAGUGUCUGCAUCUCCAGAGUAUUCACAGCAACACAUUUUCCUCAUCAAGUUAUUCCUGGAGUAAUUGGUGGCAUGCUGGUGGCAGAGGCCUUUGAACACACUCCAGGCAUCCAAACGGCCAGCCUGGGCACAUACCUGAAGACCAAUCUCCUCCUCCUGUUUGCACUUGACUUUUACUUGCUUCUUAGACUGCUCAACAUUGACCUACUGUGGUCCGUGCCCAUAGCCAAAAAGUGGUGUGCCAACCCCGACUGGAUCCACAUUGACACCAUGCCUUUUGCUGGACUCGUGAGAAACCUCGGGGUCCUCUUUGGCUUGGGCUUUGCAGUCAACUCGGAGAUGUUCCUCCUGAACUGCCGAGGUGGAAAUAGCUACACGCUGAGUUUCCGGUUGCUCUGUGCCUUGACCUCAUUGACCACACUGCAGCUCUACCAUUUCUUCCAGAUCCCGACUCAGGAAGAGCAUUUAUUUUAUGUGCUGUCUUUUUGUAAAAGUGCAUCCAUUCCCCUAACUGUGGUUCCUUUCAUUCCCUACUGUGUUCAUAUGUUAAUGAAACAAAACGGAAAGAAGAUUCAGUAG